AUGCUGAAACUCAUUUUUCUUCUCAUAUUCUUGCCUGAUGUCAUCUGGAAUUUUGAUAAGAUUGAGUUGGAGGAUAUUACAGUAUACUUUCCACUGAAGAUUGAUUACUUGGCUCCGUUCGGGUGUGCCACUGGAACAAGUUGUGAUGAUGAAGGUGCCGGCUAUAUUCCAUCUGCCAUAGAUGUUGCUAUAAAACGUUUGAAUGCCAAUAAGAAGCUGGAAGUCUUUCAUAAUCUGUCUGUCAACUAUGUGGAUACAAGUAAAAUAGCCGGACCAAUGGCUGCAAGAACAGCCGCUCUCAACAAUGGAACCGUCGCCGUGAUGGGACUAUCUCGAAACUGUUAUAUUCAGAGCACAGUUUUGAAUAUCAAUGCAAAAGUUGGAGUUUCUGAUACCAAUUCGUUGGCAAAGUCUGUUGUGUACUUCUUGACUAAAUACGACUGGAAAAAAGUGGCAAUCGUCUCACCGUCCACGACUUUGAGUGCAUUUGACUCGAGAGUUAGAUCGGACUUGUUAGAUGCCCUCACAGUAAACAAAAUCGAUAUUCUGGUAGACUCUCGUCUCGACCCAAUGGCUGACGUCACUGAGAAAGUGAAAGAUGACGCUCAGAAAGCAAGAAUUAAUGACUACAAUUUAACUGAAAAUGAUCUUCACGAAGUGUACAAGAAUUUCAUUGUGUUAUCUGAUGGCCCACCGCCAGCUGAGCCAAACUCCACGUGGAAAGAUAUCCAGAAUCAAGUUUUGACGAAGAAAGCUAUGAAGAUGUGUCCUCCAUUUUGCAAUGCCUCGGUAUCUGAGAAAACUGUUCCUCGCUGGGAUCGCAUCAAGUUGUUGUUUGAUGGAAUACAGUACCUAGCAGAUGCCACGAAUGACGCGUUGAAUGUUGGAGCCAAUAUCUAUCAAUCUGCAAUCUUUUACGAGUACAUGAUCAGUCGGCAGAUUAAAAGUGUCACCGGGUUCACAGAAUUCGUAGACGGAUACGGAGCAAUUGCAGGGUCAAUGCAAGUUUACUACCACUUUAGCAGCUCCAUUCGAAAUUCAUAUUCUCUAUUUCCUUGUGCUCGUCUAGGUCAAACUAGUACAAGUACGCAAUGGGUCAUGACGGAUUAUUCGGAGGGAUUAUCGAUUGAUUUUGUGAAUAAGUCGGCGCCAAAGGAUACACCAGAAUGUGGAUUCUAUGGAGAGAAAUGUGGACCACCGGCGAAUAAUACGUUCAUUAUUGUGAUUUCUGUUGGAGUGGCUGUACUGAUUGGACUGGCGAUUGCAGCUGCAUUCUUGUACAAGAGAUACCGAUAUGAGAGGAAACUUCACUCAUUGUUUUUUAUGAUUGACCGGAACCAGAUUAUUUUGAAGAAGCAUACCAACUUGAUGAGUCAACAAAGUUUGAGAAGUAUGGCUAGUAUUCAUGGAAGUUUUGUGGCGGCGUCUCAAGCCCUCCGUGACUCUCACUUCUUCAUCGAGGACUACAAUAAUGUUGCGCCUGCUACUUCAUCCUCUCAAGUUUCUUCAGUCUUUCACACCGGCUCCACUGCUCGAGCCGUUGGUCCAUUCGGUCAGAUUCCAGGGUUUGGUGUAGCCCCCACUCAGGCAUCAGAAGAUGAUAAAUGGCAUCAACUGAAAGAUUUUGGAGUUGGUUUGUACGAGGGAAGAACUGUUGCAUUGAAGAGAAUCUAUAGGACUGAUGUGGAACUGACAAGAUCUAUUCGAAUGGAAAUCGCACAGCUUCAAGAGUCGGUCAACUCGAAUGUCAUUGAGUUUGUGGGAAUGGUUAUCCACUCGCCGGAUGUCUUUCUUGUUUAUGAGUUGGCUCCACGUGGAUCAUUGAAAGAUAUUCUAGAUAAUGACGAUAUGCCGUUGGAUGAUGUAUUCAGAAGUCAGAUGACAAAGGAUAUCAUCGCUGGACUUGAAUACCUUCAUUCCUCUCCAGUCGGUUGUCAUGGCCGCUUGAAGUCCACAAACUGUUUGAUUGAUGGUCGUUGGAUGGUCCGUCUCUCGAGUUUCGGUCUACGUGAACUUCGUUCCGAAGAGUCUUGGCAGAGAGAAGAGGAUGUUCAGGAGGGAAAAGAUGACUUGUGGACUGCACCGGAGUUGUUGAGAUGGAGCACAGGGCUGGGUCAAUGUGGGAAUUUGUUGGUGCAGAAAGCGGAUGUCUAUAGUUUGGCGAUUGUGCUCUAUGAGUUGUUUGGAAGGUUGGGACCUUGGGGAGACGAGCCGAUGGAGCCAAGAGAGAUCGUGUCACUGGUGAAACGUGGAACUUCUUCUGGCAAAAAAGUGUUCCGUCCGGAUAUGGCAGUGCUCAAGGAUUCACCGAAGAUAGUUCAGGAUACUGUAGCAGCUGCGUGGACUGAAGACCCACUGGACCGCCCGUCUUUGUAUCAGAUCAAAAGAAAGUUGAAACCGUUGACUGUUGGAUUAAAACGUACAAUCAUGGAUAACAUGGUUUCAAUUAUUGAAAAAUUGACAGACAAACUGGAGAGAGAUAUUGCCGAGAGAAAUGAGGAGUUAGAGAGAGAAAAGGAGAAGUCUGAGAUGCUUCUGAAAAUGAUGCUGCCAGAAGUGGUCGCUGACAGUUUGAAAUUGGGAUCCAACGUUUCUGCAGAGAGUUUUGAAAAUGUCACCGUUUUUUUCUCGGAUUGUCCCGGAUUUGUUGAGAUGUCCGCCACCAGUAAACCGAUAGAUAUCGUCCAAUUCCUCAACGACUUGUACACCUGUUUCGAUCGCAUCAUUGACCAAUUCGAUGUCUACAAAGUGGAGACUAUUGCUGACGCCUACAUGGUCGCUUCGGGUUUACCAACCUUCAAAAUCCGUCACUUGCCAAAUGAGAAAGUCCGUUUGAGAAUUGGAAUGAACUCAGGACCGUGUGUAGCUGGAGUUGUUGGAUUGAAGAUGCCUCGUUAUUGUCUCUUCGGUGACACUGUGAACACUGCUAGUCGUAUGGAAAGUAACGGAAUCCCUCUCCGUAUCAACUGCUCUGAAUCGGCGAAACAAGUUCUCGACACUCUCGGCGGAUACGAAAUGGAAGAGCGUGGAAUUGUGGAGAUGAAAGGAAAAGGAAAACAAAUGACUUAUUUUGUGAGAGGAGAGGAUUCGGAGAUGAGAAGAGAGAGGAUUAUAAGAGAAAGAGUCAAGUUUUCAAGUCUGAAGAAGGCCAAGAUUCAAGAGAAGACUUAUGAAUUCUUGUGA